CUGUCAAUGGCGGCCGCCACUGAUUGUUGAUUGAGUGAUAGUUGUCACUGGUAUUCGUGUAAGCCGACUGAGGAAAAUCGAUCAUUUUAACGGUGCUUCGGAGACGUAAACGCAAAUCAUGGACGGCAACAUGGCGCAGAAGACCUGGGAGAUGAGCAACAACGUCGAAACGGUUCAGAGCGUGGACGAUUUGUACAAGUACAACAAAAAACAGCAGCAGGACAUCCUCACAGCCAAGCCGUGGGAGAAAGACCCCCACUACUUCAAGGACAUGAAGGUGUCCGCACUGGCCCUGUUGAAGAUGGUGAUGCACGCACGUUCUGGUGGAACGCUGGAGGUCAUGGGACUGCUUCUAGGAAAAGUGGACGCCAACACAAUGAUAGUCAUGGACUCGUUUGCCCUGCCCGUCGAAGGGACAGAAACGAGGGUGAACGCCCAGGCUCAGGCGUACGAGUACAUGGCCGACUACACCGAGAAUGCCAAGACGGUUGGGCGCCUAGAAAACGUCGUGGGAUGGUACCACUCACACCCCGGCUACGGCUGCUGGCUGUCGGGUAUCGACGUCAGCACGCAGAUGCUGAACCAGCAAUUCCAGGAGCCAUUUGUAGCUAUUGUGAUUGACCCUGUGAGGACCAUCUCAGCCGGAAAAGUGAACUUGGGUGCUUUUAGAACUUAUCCAAAGGGCUACAAGCCUCCGGACGAGGGCCCGGCAGAAUACCAGACCAUCCCACUGAACAAGAUCGAAGACUUUGGAGUCCACUGCAAGCAGUACUACUCCCUCGAGGUGUCCUACUUCAAGUCCUCGCUCGACCGGCGGCUCCUGGACUCGCUCUGGAACAAGUACUGGGUCAACACCCUCAGUUCAUCCAGUCUACUCACGAACGCCGACUACACGACAGGACAGGUGUUCGACCUGUCGGACAAGCUGGAGCAGUCCGAGUCGCAGCUCGGCCGGGGCGGCUUCGUCCUCGGCCUGGACCCGCAUGAGAAGCGGACCGAGGACAAGCUGGCGAAGGCAACGCGAGACAGCUGCAAGACGACCAUCGAGGUCAUCCACGGACUCAUGUCCCAAGUGAUCAAGGACAGGCUCUUCAACCAAGUGAACUGUACCCCUCCGGAGCAACAGUGAAUGUUGUACCUGCGCGGCGCUCUGUGACAAAAGUUGUUCUGACUGCUUGCUUUCCAGGCGUCUAAUUUGUCUCCAAGUUCUCCAGCACUGGGCAGUGUAGCUUCGGUAAAUCCAUGCAGUGGGUACACUUUGUACAGUGACU